GGCAUCAUUUUCCUACUAAAUAAUUUUUCCUUUAUAUUUUCCUUUCCUUCUACGUUUUUUGCUCUAGGAAUAGUAAAUCAACAGAGUAAAUCAUCAUGAUAAAAAUUAUACUCAAGCUCAACUCUUAGUCUUCCUCUUGUGUUAAUAUUGUUUUUAAAAUGUUAGGUGGUGCAAAGUUAAAAGUUUGUUUUACACACGAAAGAUCAUGUUUUGGCUACAUAAGUCCAAAAUACAGUACGAAUAAUGAGCAGUCAAUAUGUGUCCAAGUUUUAUCAAGAGAGAAACAAAUUCUUCUGUGGGUGGUGUUCAGCAACAAUGUUCCAGAGGGUCACAUAGCCUGUAAUCCUAUUUACAGCAGGAUGCUGGGCUUGGAAGAGGGUGCGGAGGUGUUUGUGGCACCAUAUGGUGAUGUUAAGAUACUUGAUGAAUUGUUUGUUGACACAGACAGUCCGGAUGAUCAGGAAAUAUUGGAACACAAUGCAGAAAUAUUGCAACUACGAAUUCUAGAUCAACUCAGACUUGUUGUUGCUAACCAAAAAGCUGUAGUCUGGAUAUCAACUUCUCUACCAAUAGUUUUCACACCAAAACAAACUGGUUUACUUGUAAACUAUAGCCGAAUAAUUGUCAAAGUAGAUGCUUUUAAUAGUUAUCAUGGUGGCCUUACUAAUUCAUAUGUAAAUACUAAUAUAUCUAAAGAAAGCAAUCAUAAGUUUAAUAAUAUAGGAAUUAUUAACAAAGGUCUGCUUCAACCUUAUUUAAAUGCACCAAAGAGAUUAGUUUUAAGAGCUUUACCAAUUGAUAGUGAUGGUAAAAAAGAUCUUAUACAUCCAUACUCUGUAUUUGUACACGAAGACUUAAUAGAUGAUAAAUUAAAGGACCUAAUGGUCAUUCUAGGUACAAUGAAGAAUAUACCUUCGAUUAUAAAUGAGCUUUCAGAAGAAGGUGAAAUCGAAAACAAUAUACAAAUUGAUGGUCUAUGUGUAGAAAUAAAACCUGUAGAUAACGUUGUAUAUAGGAGCUUAUCUAGAGAAGUUUAUAAUAAAAAUAUACCAACAGUACUUAUACCGAAAGCAUUAAAUGCAAUAAUUAAUGUUGAAAAUGGUAUGAAAGUUAUAUUGAAUGUAAUAGGCGAUGAAGUCGAGCCACCUGAGCAUAUAGAUAUUAUAACAUAUUCGGAAAAAGUUCAUACUGAAAUUGAUGUUAUCGAAAGGUUUAAGAAUUGCGUAGUAAGAAGCACUCAUUCGGGAAAAAAGUUCUUGAUAAACGAUGGAAUGGUGAAACAAAAUACUCAAAUAAGUAGUGGUUUCUUGAGAUUUAAGUUAAAACCUGACAAAUUGAAAUACACAAUGGUGAAUUCAGAAUCAUUUCGGAACUGUACAGUUUCCGCAAAAUGCUUAAAUGAUACAGAUCUAGCUCUACCAAAAUCUGUCUUGCCGAAAUUAGAAUACGACUACAAGAAUUAUUGCAGAACAAUGAAAUCUAGUACAGAGUUGCUGGACAAGAUAAUAUCGCAUAUCAACUUUGAAAUACAAAGGGAAGCUAGUUUCAAAGGCGUUUCAGAGAUAAAAAGCAAUGUAUUGAUUACUGGUCAAAGCGGUGCAGGAAAAUCUUCCAUGUGUCACAUUGUCCAAAAAGAUCUGACCAUAUGGUCGCAUAUAUUACACUGUCGAUCUCUCAAAGGCCGUAAGGACAUAACUGAGGUGCUUGGUAAAGCGAUACUGCUUUGUCAGGAACAUAGUCCCUCUGUGUUAAUAUGUGACGACAUUGACGCAUUGGUACCGCCCAACAUGGAGGGCGGUUCUCCGCAGGACAUCGCUUAUUAUCAGAGACUAGCCACAGUGAUAAAACACAUGCUGCAAACGUGUGCGGGCGUCUGCGUGCUGAUGACGUCACUUAACAUGAAGUCCUUACAUCCAGCCUUGAGACAGUUCAGCGGAAAACCACUGUUCACAGCUCAUUUUGAUAUAAUUGAGUUGAAUCAGGAUGAGAGGGCAGAACUUUUCAAACAUUUGCUGAAUGAUAAAGUGCGAGAGUCCUUCUUGGUGGAAGACGAUGACGUCAUCAGACUAGCGAUGGACACGGCUGGGUGUAAUGUUAGAGAAAUAGUGGACUAUCUCAAUAGGAAGAUAUUUAAAGCCGUUAAAAAGAAAAAGAAUAACGCAAUAGAUGAUAAGCCUCGGCUAGUGGAGGACGUAACGACAGACUCCGAAAAGUCAAAGGCCUUUGACAUCUGGGAGCCUCUGGGAGGAAUGUGUAACGUCAAGCAGCAGAUCGCUGAGAGCAUAUUCUGGCCUAUAAUGUACCCAGCCCUGUUUCCAUCCCAAUCGUGCGGGAUACUCCUCUACGGGCCACCCGGCACUGGAAAAUCUCACAUCGGCUCGUGCUUAGCUAAGCUGAGCAACAUGCGGCUCAUCGCUGUCAAGGGGCCCGAGCUGCUGUCCAAGUACAUAGGACAGAGCGAGAAAGCUGUUAGGGACAUCUUUGAUAAGGCUGACAUGCAACGCCCCUGCAUCCUUUUCUUCGACGAGUUCGACAGUCUCGCUCCCAAGCGCGGCCACGAUUCGACGGGUGUCACCGACCGCGUAGUGAACCAGCUGCUGGCACGGAUGGAUGGUGCGGAGGGUGGCGCCAGGGGGCCCGUGGUGGCGGCCACGUCCCGCCCCGACCUCUUGGACCCCGCCCUGUUGCGCCCCGGGCGGUUGCAGAGGCAUAUAUACUGCGCCCUGCCUGACCAGUCGGACCGCUAUGAAAUCCUGCGAACGCUGUCAAAGAGCGUUAACAUCGAUGACAAAGUGGACCUUCUAGAGUUGUCGCGAAGGACUGACGGCUUCUCGCCAGCGGAUCUCAAGUCGCUAUUGGUUACUGCGCAGUUAGGAAGUCUCGAGAGACAGUUGGUGAGCAGUGAAGACAGGAACCUGGAAUCUGUGGUGGUGUACAGCGAAGACAUGGAUGGUGCUCUCGAAGAGACCAAGCCGUCGCUGUCGGCAGAACAGAGGCUUUUUUACGACAUGAUAUACAAAAGGUUCAGAGGGGAGAGCUUGUCGCCAGAGCAGCGGCUGCUGUCGCAAAUUAUGCAGAAGCAAAAAGUCACUUUAGCCUAAUAAUUUAUAAACAUUCCAAAAAAUUAUAAACUAAAAUAAACUUUAAGGGCCUUACAAACCAACGUAGUAUAAGAUCGGAAUGAUUUUGCAGUGUUAUUUCGCGCUCUGACAUUUGAAAGUAAGGAUGCAGUUAAACGUGGAGGAGCCAAACGACAGGGGUUGUUUUUUUUCGUUAUUGACCUUACAAAUGAAUGUGGCAUAACAUCGCAAUAGUUAUGCAGCGUUCUUUAACGCAUUGCCAUUUUAAAGAAAGGACGCAGUUAAUUUAGAGAUCCAAUUGGAGUUGUUUUGUGACAUUAAUGGAUUUACAAAUAAAUGUAGCAUAACGUCGCAAAAGGUCGUUUUGCGCUUCGAAAUGCAUUGUUUUUUUCACGCUCUGACUUUUGAAAGUUAGGACGUAGUUAAGUAAAUGAUCCAACCACAUUGGGUUGGUUUUCGCAGAUGGUUUUAAAAUAUAUGUGUCAUAACGUCGCAAUAGUUAUGCAGUGUUCUGCCACAAUUCAACGUUCCAACCGCAACUUUCAAAUACCGGAGGUGAUGUCAGUUUGUAAUUCCAAGCUAUAAAAUAUUGCUGUUCUUUACCAAGUCACAAAAAUAGUGAAUAAUGUAUAUUUUAUAUUUAAACAACAAAGACCACCAAUAUUUCGUUUUCAGCAAUAAUUGAAAUAUAAAUAAAAUUUUAAACUAAAAAACAUCUUAGUAUAAAAAAAUUGUGUCUCGCAAGAUCUCGAAAAUGGCUCGACAGAUUUUUAAUUUUUCUUUUGGUUUGUUCGCCGCAAUACUAAAGCCGAUAUAUUUAUUCAUUAGCGUAAACUGACCUUUACGGUGUCAUCACAUUUAAAUGUAAAGAAACUAGUGUUGUGAUAAAAAGAGUCACAUGAAUCAUUUACAAUGAGCGUUAGUGAAACGGCAGUCUAACUCACUUGCUAUAUUUAAACAAGCUGUCAAAAUUCACAAUAGUUUACAUUAAAGUCGUCUUGUAAUAGUUUAAAUUGUUGAUAAUGUAUUUAUGAUAUGUUAAAGUUAAUCUUUAUAUAUAUAAUUCUUGUGUGCGUG